AUGAAUGACGGCGAAGGUACUCCGUCCGUCAACGGAUCUACUCCGACGGCGAGUAAUCACGAAAUAACUCAGAUCGAUUCCGAAAAAUCAAUAGUGGUCGACAAUGUAGCCCAAAGCACCGAUCUCGAAAAAGGCCCGGCCCAGAACACAGACGCUGAGAAAGAAGAAAAAGAAACCGACCCGAACAUCGUCGAUUGGGAUGGUCCAGAUGACCCCGAGAAUCCCCUGAACUGGUCAACAAAGCGGAAAGUCGGAGCAACAUGCUCCAUUGCCUUAAUCACUUUCCUGACUCCCCUGGGAUCAUCCAUGUUCGCCCCGGGCGUACCUGCUUUACUCCGGGAUUUUGAGGUCACCAACAUUGAGCUCUCGGCUUUCGUGGUCUCGGUAUACCUGUUGGGAUACUGUUUCGGUCCUCUGCUUAUUGCACCGUUAUCAGAGAUAUACGGUCGACAAUGGAUAUACAAUUCGUGCAAUAUUCUCUACGUUGUGUGGACGAUCUGCUGCGCCGUUGCACCCGAGAUGGGCAGUCUAGUUGUCUUUCGAUUCCUCGCUGGCUUUGCCGGUAGUUGUCCGCUGACUAUCGGUGCCGGGUCAAUUGCCGAUAUGUUUGCACAAGAGAAGAGAGGCGCUGCCAUGGCGGCUUGGGCGGUUGGGCCUAUGAUUGGGCCUGUAGUUGGUCCCAUUGCUGGCGCAUACCUAGCACAAGCAAAGGGCUGGAGAUGGACGUUCUAUGUACUGGCGAUGGCAAGUGCUGCCGUCGCUGUAAGCUCAAUCCUCACGAUCCGUGAAUCCUACGCCCCAACCCUACUAGCCCGGAAGACCAAGAAACUCCAAAAAGAAACCGGAAAUAUGAACCUACGCUCCGCCCUCGACACAGGCCGCACACCCAAAGACCUCUUCAUGUUCUCCAUCGUUCGCCCAACAAAAAUGCUCUUCCUCUCCCCCAUCGUCUUCCUCCUCUCCCUCUACGUCGGCGUAAUCUACGGAUAUCUCUACCUCCUCUUCACGACCAUCACCGUCGUCUUCGAGCAAGAAUACGGUUUCUCCGAAGGCACAGUCGGCCUCUCCUACCUCGGCAUUGGCAUCGGAUCCUUCGUCGGCCUAUUUAUGCUGGGCACAACAUCCGACAAAUUAAUAGUGCACCUCUCCGCCAGAAGCGGCGAGAAAAAGCCCGAAUACCGUCUUCCCCCGCUGAUCCCGGGCUCGCUAUUCAUCCCCGCCUCACUGUUCAUGUACGGCUGGAGCGCAUAUUACAAAGUGCACUGGAUAGUACCUAUCAUCGGGACGUCGCUUUUGGGUGUCGGCAUGAUGAUUUCUUUUAUGGCCGUAAGCACAUACCUCGUCGACGCAUUUACAGUCUACGCUGCUUCGGCUAUGGCUGCCAACACAGUAUUCCGCUCCCUUGCCGGUGCGAUGCUUCCGCUUGCGGGUCCGAAGAUGUAUGAGACUCUAGGGCUUGGAUGGGGAAAUUCACUGCUUGGGUUUAUUGCCUUGGCGUUGUGCGCGCUGCCUGUGAUCUUUUGGGUGUAUGGUGAGCGGAUACGGACGAAUCCGAGAUUCCAGGUUGAGUUUUGA